ACCGUGCCACGAAGCUGAAUACAUGCGUUUAAAUGCGUAUACAGGAAUAGAAAGUUUUGUGUGUGUUGAACACAGAACACUAUGUGUUGAACAAGACGUCUACAAUAUGUCUGACUAUUUGGAAAUAUUUUUAGAUAUAGCAUAGUCGUAAAUAAUUAAAGACCUAUAUUAGAAUUACAGAUGCCAUGGACUAUACAUGACAAAUAACAUUAGAGGAUCGAUAAGGAGACGACUUACAACGAAGAUAUAUGUUGUGAGUUUUAUGGGAGCCUUACGUGUGAAUAGUGAAUAUGCGCGUCACGGACAUUGUGUAUAGUGCUGGCUCUGAGUGAAUGCUCGUGGUGUCACGAUACGUUAUUGAUAUUCCUGGCGGCAGUGAUACCCGUAGCGCCACGGGCUAUAUUUACGUCAUUGUUUGAUACAUAAAGUAUUAAAAUGGAUCAUCUCGUGCAGUGCCCUGUCUGCACACUUUAUCUACAUAAUGGGAUAACGUUGGAGUCCCAUUUAGACACACAUCCCAAAGAUCAAGUCAUAAAGGCAUUGUGUAAUCUUACAUCAAAGGGUAAUAAUUAUGGUAGCCGUACACCCACACCAUUUCAAUCUGAACGGUCAUACAGAAGCAGAUCUCGGACACCAGCAACAGAGGAUAGGUGGAACAGUUCACAUCGCAGUACAGACCAGGACAGGUACUGGCACAGGACACUCAGUAGAACACCAAGAUCAUCUUCAAUAACAGGUGCAUCUAGAAAUGGCACACCUGAUAUUAGAAUUGGAGAUAUUAACUUUGAAAAUAAUACAGUAAAUAGUAAUAGCAGUCCUUUUGUGAUGAAAUCUGAUAAAAUGCAGCAAACCUAUCAGACUCCAACAAUAUCUGAUUUUGAUCAGCAAUAUGUGUACUACUCAGAUCAUCCAGAGGACAGAGAGGUGAAGUACUCUAGGACUGCAGAGUACAAUGCUCUAGAUAAUACUAACAGUGUUUUUGCGUAUAAUAUGCCACCUUUAGGAUCAGGUGUAAAAUUACAAACCACUUUGCUACCUCCAGUUUCCAGAAGAGGAAAUGAUAGCCUUGUUAAACUAUUGCCAAAAUCAAACAAUAUACUUGUCAAAACAAACGUAGGUGGGGUACAAUACAUAGCGCCCGGCAUGAAACCUAUGCAUGUCAUGGUGCCCACACCACCUAAUUUUGUUCAGAAAAAUGCCCAAAAUAAUAUGGUAAUGAAUAAUGCCAUACCAGCAAGCCAAGUUCUCGAGUCUAAAACUGGGGCUCCUCCUAUAGCUAAUAAUCAAUUCAACCAAAUGACAACCAGCUCCUUUACACCGAGUACCACUGUAGUUACACAAAAUUCUCAGAUAAUUUAUCGGGAAAUGCUUCACAAUAUUGAUGGGAAGCCAUUUAUUUCAAGUGUUCCUGCUGUUUUAAGUAGCCAUGAAAAUGUUACUAAUGUAGCUCAGGCUACAUCUAUGUACCAAAAUGUGAUGGUCGUUGAUCAAUUUGGGAAUACAUCAUGUAUGUACAGUACUCCGCAACAAAUUUUACCGAAAACUUGUAGCACCUCAGCUUACAAUGAUAGUACCUCCCAUUUACCUGCAACUCAUAUGAAUAAAUCUAUUACUAAUCUUGAUUCUAGUAAAACAUUAAUCAUAGAGGUGGGCCCAAUAGUCCCCGCAUCAACUGUGAAUGAAAGUGUAUCAAGUGUGACACAAUCUACUCAAUCUGAGGUAACUGUACCAGUACCACAGACUAGUAAGCCGGAACAACCUGAAAAGACUGAAUCAAAAACAGAGUCACCAGGGUCUAGUAAAGGACUUAAAAUCUUGAGCAAUAUAAAAGUAGAGGUGCCAGUACAACAUCACAAGAACAUGGUAAAUACUGUGAUGGAUUUAACUGGAACUAAUGAUCCAGAGUCCGAGUAUCUAGAGUCCCCUACUACUCCUGAAAAAAUCUUACCUGACCUAGAAGAUAAUAAACAGGUAACUUCAGAUGAAUGUAUGCAGUCUUCUAUAACAAAUGGUGAAGGUUUGGUUUCUUCACACACAUUUUCUGUAAUAAAAAAUGUUGGCAACCCUCCCUCAUAUAAAGAUGCAACAAGCAAGUCAAGUGUAACUGACAACAAAAUGGACACAGAAUUUCCAGACAGUUGUCCUGUUCCAGAUUUGAUAUGUAAUGAAAAGCCUUCAGUGUCACCUUGCAGUGAACUGUCCGAGCAGGGGGAGAACUCAACUGAUCGCACCUCAAUAUCACCCAAGCCUCACAAUAGCCAAAGCUGUACAACCACUAUAGAAAGUAAUAAUAUUAGUAAAUCACCAUUGAAAUUACAACAAAAACCACACAGAAACAAUACAUUAAGACUGAACAAUAUUUAUGUGAAAAAGCACAAGAAGAUUUUACAGAUUAAGAAUGCUAAGUCCUUUCCUGUAAAUAAAAGUACAUCAUUUCGAAUUGAAGAGCCCGUACCAUCCUCUUCCACUGGUAAAUCACCAGAGAAUUAUACGAUGAACAAAACUCAUCAUUCAGAUAAAAGUAGCAUUAAAGAAAAUAAUAGUACAUUAGAAACUGUAUCUGUAGAACAGAUUAUAGAUCACAAUGACCAGAAUGAGAAUGGCUUUGAUGCCGAUACUGAAGAGCAGUCUAUGGACAUCGAACCUGUAGCGCCAUCUAGCAUAAAUCAUUCUGAUCAGUUUACAACAUCUAUAGAAGUGAAAGAAGAAAUUAACACUAGCACAGAAGACACAUUUAGCAAUGAGAAUAAUACAUCUAAUCGUGAACUAACGUCGCUCGAGAGUUUGCGGCCCAUUAACGUGAUAACAUAUGGCAACAUGGCGCCAGGUGAUUUUGAUGAUGAAUCCAAUCAUAGGGAACUCUUAGAACUCGAAGCUUCAUCUAAAAACAAGCAGUUCGUCAAUAUGAUGACUGAUAAUUAUUUUGGUGACAAUAUUUAUGCAGAUUACUUCACAGCAGACCGUGUGGGAGCUUUUGAUUCAGAGAGGGGUGAGCAAUCCUUUGUGAAAGAUGGCCCUAAAGAUGGUAUAUAUAUUUGGGGGGAACCAUCUCAGAAGGACAAUGAGUUUGUAUUGCCAAAUUUUAUACAUGAAAGCUAUAAGAUAGCUGAGAGUAAUGGUAUAGAUUAUUCAGAUAUAGAUAGAGAAGGGAAUAUGGAUGGAGAAGCUGAUGUGUGUGACCGAGAUAGUAAAGCUGAUGUUCUGAGUGAGAGUCAGAGUAUAGGGGAACCGCCGUUGAACAUCCGCGCAGACGAACGAAUGCCACCCCGGGGGGAGAUCAGUGGACAGGAGAGCAAUGGAGACAUGGAAUCAACAUGGAGUGGUAUGUAUACGGAGGUGACGGCCGCGCAACCGUGCGACCUGAUCGCGCGCGAGAGCUGGCUCUCCGAUGGCUCCGAGGUGGACGCUAAUGAAAAGAAUGACACCCUCGAGGACGAUAUGCAGUACGCGAAGAAGAUGUACUCGUGCAGCAAUUGCAUUGCAAAGUUCUCGUCGCCGAAGGAGCUGCGCUCGCACAAGGCGCUGGCGCACGCGCCGGCCGCCUGCUCCGCGCCCAGGACCAGCUACAGCCGCCUGCUCUCCGCCAGGACUAUCAAGAAGGAGGAGAAAACCGAUGACAACAUUGCUGACUCUAAUCUCCUAACGCUGAACACAAAAGAGCCAAUAACAUCCUCGAUACUGCAAGUGUACGAUGUGAUGAACGAAGCCAAGCCCAAGAUAGAGGGUCUGAUCAAACAGGAGACGAAGCGCAGGCGGAGAGAUUACGUUUGCCCAACGUGCAAGGUGGACCAGCUCAGUGAUGCGGCGUUCCACGCUCACCUCAAGAUACAUCCGCUGGAGUGCCUCACAUGCGGCAAGUGCUUCUUUAGAAGAGCGAACCUGGCGCUACAUAUCAAGAUGCAUUUAGGAAUUAAAAAUUACAAGUGCGAGGUGUGCGAGAAGCGUUUCCUGACGCGGCAGAAGCUGUCCGAGCACCACAACACGCACACGGGCCGCUCGCCCGUCAAGUGCACCGUCUGCGACGACACCUUCCGCCGCUAUUCCAACAUGGUGCAGCACCGCGACCGCCACCACCUGCAGAAGAAGGCGAAGGUGCGCGACUACGUGUGCCAGUGCGGCGCGGUGUUCCACUCGCGCGCCAAGCUGCUGUGGCACAAGGAGACGCACGACGAGCGGCCCAAGGCGUGCCUCUACUGCAGCGACAAGUUCGUGCACGCCGCCUCGCUCACGCGCCACGUGCGCCGCUCGCACAACGAGUACUACCUCUCCGAGCGCCUGCGCGGCAAGGUCGACAACGUGCCCUGCCCCGUCUGCAAGCAGGUGUACCUGCGUACGAACCUGCGCGCGCACCUGCUCACGCAUAGCGGCAAGCGACCGUACCUGUGCAUCAUAUGCAACAAGGCCUUCACCACCAAGUGGAACCUGAAGCUGCACCGUUGGACGCACAUGAGCCGCUCGGCCAAGCCGUACAAGUGUUCGCUGUGCAAGGGCGCGUUCAUACGGCACACCGAGUACGUGUCGCACAUGAACGCGCACAAGUCCGUCAAGCCGUACACGUGCAACUACUGCGGCUGCCAGUUCAUCAGGAAGUACAACUGCCAGCGGCACGUCCGCGAGCACGAGAUGGCCAAGAAGUACGUGUGUAAGGUGCCUGAAUGUGGUAAGUCGUUCCACAGGAGCUACUACCUGUCCGAGCACAUGAAGGUGCACAGCGGCGCGCGCCCGUUCUCGUGUAACAUCUGCGGCAAGACGUCCAGCAACAAGUCCAACCACAACAAGCACGUGAAGAUACACCACGCGCGGGAACCGGUGGCCACCGAGGCGUAGUCUGUGCGGCCGCGUGCUCUGUGCGCCGCGUACUCUGUGCGGCCGCGUGUUCUGUGCGCCGCGUACUCUGUGCGGCCGCGUGCUCUGUACGCCGCGUACUCUGUGCGCUCUGUGAGCGUUGCACGCCACUGCCCAACCGAUUUAGUUGGUUCGUCCAAAUAAUUACUACCAAAUUGUUUCUCGGUAGAGGACGACUUGUUCUCGGGUAUUUAACAAUGAUCUACAUAUCGUAAACUCUACAUAUUUCUUACAAUAAAUUUGAUUGUACUGAAAAGUCCGGUUACUCUGUGGUAGUAGUUAAUGGAAAACCAAUGGUGAGAUCCACAUUUUGCUGUUAAAGUUUGUAGGUUUAAAAUAAUUAAUACUGAUAAUUGUGACCUGAGUAACCAAUAUUAUGUUGGGUUUACACGCUUUCCGCCAAUACGGAGUGUUUACAAGCUAACUUUUUUGUCGUGUACAUAAUAAUUGACAGAUUAGUGAUAUUUAUCACAAGCAAAAAGGCUGUCUUGGUGUCCACCACACGAUGCGGAGCUUUUCAGCUUUGCAAGACGUGACUGAAAAUAAAUACGAACACGCAAUAGUGAUAAAUUCUUCAACGAAUGCUUUCCUAUAUAAGAAAUUAAGCUAGUGGAUAGCCUAAAAAAAUGGUGGCAGCAGCCUAUUGCACCAACAAUCUGGAAGUCGGUACGAAGGCAAUUUGACAAGUAGGAGUAUUGGUGGUUAUAAAUAAGAAAUAUAUAAGAUAAUAUUAUAUUUUUUUUUAUUGAGGACAGAAUUAAGAAAAACGAAGGUUUUAUAAAAGCGUUGUAUGAAUGAAAUCAUUCCUGCUCCUUUAUUAUGGAGAAAAACUGCUAACAGCUUGCACGAGAGCACCCCAGCCCGUUUCAGUUUGUGGAAAAUAAAAUCUAGAAUAAUUUAGUUCCACUAAGUUACAAGAAUAGCAAGUCGAACCGCAUUCGCGUUAAGAUAAACCUAUUGUUACUAUUUUUACAGUUUUGUAACAUGUUCCUUGUGAUUUAUAAAAGUAUUGGGACAUCUCUAGUUAUUUGUUCUAGAGUCGAGAAGAUAUGGUGUAAUAAAGAAUUAGGACAAAUCAGUAAUUCACUACCAAGUGAAAACUUUAAAUACUUGGCUUGCAAGUCGAAAGUCUAAACCUACGGGGAUUAUGUCACUACCUUUAGACAGUAGCUAAGUGAUACUGAGUAUUGUCUAUAAUUAUUUAUGGUUUGUUCAAAAUCGAUUUAAGUACAUAGAUAGGUACAUCUGCCAUUUCUUUCAAGGGGUCAGCUCCCGCCCCCCUACCUACCUUUUAGAAAACAAUAUGCAAUAUGAUAAAGCAUGUAGACACUUAUGAUUUGGCAAGCGUGUAUAUCCAGCGUUCAUGCUAAACUGUGAUCCAGUUACGUAUCAAGCGAGCAAUAAUUUUGUUACAAGUGCCAUUAAUGAAUGCAAAAUGUGGUGUGUUUUACUUAAGCUUUAUUUAAUUUAAUAAUGGACAGGGCACAACGUUUACGGAUCGCCGUGUACUGUAAAUAAUUAGUUAAAUUAUUUGUGUAAAUACAGGACCAAGUGUGUGUACAUUAAAGAGACGUAUAAAAGCAUUUUACAAUCGUAAUGAAUUGAUAGGUGUCGCGCUGCGGAGUUAUUUUGCAAUAAUCCGAUAUCCGUAUUACUUCUUUAAGGAAUUAUGUAAUCAGAUGAGAUUUUUUUUUUAUUAUUUGUUGUUAAAUUCAAGAGGCGAAAGGGUCAGGAAGAGGACCGUUCGCUCUUGGAAAUGUGUAUUCAUUUUUUAAAUUCGAAUAUAAUAAUUUUUUUUUAAUCGAAUUCUUUAAAAAAUAAUACAAAAAACGGAACGUCAAAUAAUGGAAAUGUGAGCCGUGUUGUUCAUAAUGUAAAUACGAUAUUGAAAUAUAAAGUAGUUUGUACAUUCAUAAAACAUAAUAAUUCAGUCAUUCCAAUAUCACCGGUGUACACGUGAGCUCCAUGGCGCGACAUUUUGUUAUAAGUAUAUUAGUCAAAUUAAAGGGCAUUUCGGUAUAGGUACCCCGCUAUACGGAUCUUUGUAAUAUUUAAACGUUUGACGUUUCAAUGAGUAUAUUUAUUUUUAUAAAGUACGCACCUCUCAACUUGUGUAUACAGGGUGUAAACAAUGCGACCUACAAAUGGAAUGGUUUUUAGAAGGUUAAAAGAAUCACAGUGUUUGCGCAGACGAAAAGCCCUCAUAGACACUUUUUACAUUACGAGCCUUAUUGGCUUUUAUAAAAUUGAAAUUGUAAAAAAUGAACUUAGAUCGUCUAUCCUUCUGUUUUCGUGUCACGUUUACGCUAUGAUGAAAUUGUUUAUAACGCCAUCUAGUAAUAGUUGUAAACAUAUUAAAAAAAAAAAAAAUUUUUUUUUCACAAAGUUCACACUUUUGUGGAUAAACUUUUUAAUAGCAUAUCGUAGUCAACAAAUUUCCGGUCGGUAUGAUGUUUUUGUCUUAAAUUUAUCUCUGCAGCCGUAGUAUAUAGCAUAGCAUGAUUAUACCACAUCAUCUAUAUCCAGCCAUCUCUUCUUUCACACAGAUCCGACGCGAUAUUUUUUGUCCCUCCCUGUCUAACCUCAUAAUUUUUCCUCGGAUUGUUUCUCGUCUGCGUAGGUUUUUUUUUUUUAUAUUAUUAUUAAUAACAUCUUCUAUAUCGAUGGCUUCUGGACCAUGUACUGAUUUUUUGAAAUUGGAACAGGUACUCUUACGUAUUAACAUAUUUUGAAAUUAGAACAACUUUCAAAAUAUUGUAUGACUAAAAAUACUAUUAGUAUCUUCAAAAAUGUUGGAGUUGUUUGUUGUAAUAAUUUGUUAAUAAGUUUAUCGUUUUUUAAUUCAGACCGUCAUUGUAUAAGGACCUUUUCUCAUCCCGUCCUGGUGAUAACUAAGUAUUUAUCCAUAGAUUCAUUUGCAAUCUUCUCCGAAGAAAAGUGGGGACAGGACCUUGUGUUGUCUAUGGGAUGAGGACGCCAUGUUAAUAUGCAAGCUUCGAAUUAAAAUUUUUUUUUAAAACGAAGUUUUAUUGGAAGAACGCUCCAUUAAAAAGUUCACUGUCAUUAGUGAAUUUACACAUUUUAAAAAGAAGCCAGCGAUUUCGAUUUCACUCUAGCUUAGUUAGCAGUAAUAAUUAAGGGCAUUUUUUAUUUUAAUUAUCGACUUAUAAAUAGAAAUAACAAUACACAAUUCUUCGAUUUGUGAUAUCGCUUCACGAGACGGAUCAUGAAUUAAGGUCAUCUCGUAUUAUCUUUUUAAUUAGCGAACGGGCACAGAAUAGUACAACGAUGUUGCAUCAGGUCCACAGGUUCUAUCUGUGACCCGUUCAAGUUAUGUCCCGUGGGGCAUAUAUAUUAUACGAUUUUAAAUCAAAUUGGCACAAAUUGUUAUGAAUUUUGUUGAAGUAAUGAUUACGAAAGUUUUAUCUUUUUUUCUUUUCUUAUACUAAAUUACAUUUCAAAUUUUAAUUCUAAAUUACAUUUGAUAUUUGAUGGAUUUUUUUUUAAGUAAUUUAGGAUGACAAACAAGUUGACGUCCUUCUGUGUGAUCAAGUCAAUCUGGUAGUAUGAAUCGUUACAAGAAUUUAGCUGAAUUUUUAUAAUUAUUUAUAUGCCAUCUCUGUCUCAUAAAUUAAUUCCUUUCUUCCUUCCUUCUUUCUUCUUAUUUCAGGAUAGGAACUCUAUUUUUGGGUAUACGCUUCCUCCAGCUCUAACGAAUUAUCUCUAUCCUUAUGGUAGACGAAAGCUAUAGAAUUUAAACAGAUUUCAUCGAUCUAUUCCAGUGAUUCUCAACCUUUUUUUUUGUUGCGGCACAUAUUUAACGAUUUCAAAAUUUGCCGGCACACAAAGGAAAAGAUAAAGAUUAUUGACUUACUACAACACACUGCAUAAAUAGUUUGUGACAAAAAUUUUUAAAUAUUUGCAAAAUUUGGCGGAACAUUUUUAAAAUUUGGUGGCACAUUAAAGUGCCGCGGCACAGUGCUUGAGAAUCACUGAAUCUAUUCAUACAAGCUCAUCUUGGCUAAGUCGAGCUUGUAUAGUUCUAUAUAAUUUCUAUUUUUUUUUUGUAUAUAUAUUAUAUAAAUUUCAUAGACAUGUUAUAAUUUUGAAGAUGUUUAUUAAUAUUUUGAAUUUCGUGUCGUAUAUUUACCAGAGGGAGACUUUGUACAAAAGUCGAUUGCUUGGGUACCUCUGUCCCAUUCGUGAUUCAACUGUGAAGCAGUUGUGUUUGCAUCGCUGUGUUUCGGUUUGAAGGGUUGGAUAUAACGUGAAUUUACUGGGUACACAGGAAUAACACCCGAGUCCUCAGGAAUGGCAACGCAUGGGGGGUAUCGUGGGCGAAACAGUAUACUCUGUUAUGUCCAUGGUACUGCUCACGUCUAUAGGCGACGGUUACUACUUUCCAUCAGGUGAGCCGUCAGCUUGUUUGCUAUUCUAAGUUGUAUAAAAAAAAAAUACAACGAGUUGUUGGCAUUCUUAUACACAAAUUGAUAAUCCACCGAGGUUUGCUUGCGAAUGGCAAUUGUAAAAUUAUUUCUGUCUCAGGUAUGUACAAUGUAAAUACCAUAAUUAUCUUAGUUAAGUAGUUUAAUUUUUAUUUAUUCUUAUCUUUAUUUGUCACACUUAAUUUCAAAAUAUAAGUAGUCGUAAUUAAUACAAAUUUCCUAUGCAAAUGUAUUGAAGUAACACUACAGUUUACUUUGUCAGAUCUCAAUCAUAGAGAUUCUCUUUAUAUGUUGAAAAUUACAAAACAUAUUCUGUAUUAUGUAUACUCCAUAGACUUCUAUGUAUGUAAACAUACAUUUUCAUAAUAGAUGACAUGUAAUGAUAAAAAACUAAGUAUGACACAUGGCGGUGCAUUACAAAAAUUUGUGUGUACUAUGCUCAGCUAUGGUACAUAACCAGGUUCUGCUUCUUAUGAUUGUAUCGUAUGUGAAUAUCACGACUAAAGUUAGAAACGUUCCAAGUACCAUGAAAAUGCCAUGCUUACUAUAUACAUAGCUGUCUGUAUAGUAUAAACUAUUAAAUAUUAUAAAAUUCAAAAUUAAAAAUACUUUAUUUGUAUUUAGUAUUUUAGAUGUAUCUAUUUUGAAAAACCAAUGUGUGCAAUGACAGAUUUUGUUAUAUUUAUUGUUUUUCUUUUUUUUUUUUUUCUACAAGGAUUUAUUUUCAUGAUCUUUAUUUGGUCAACAAAUAAAUUGUUACUCUAUUUUAUGUGACACUAGGUGUAUUAUUCUAUGUAUAUAUCAUCUUUAAUUGUUAAACACAAAUAUGAUUUAUAAAAUUGAAUGUGACAGGCCAUUAUAAAUUUGUUAUGAAGGGACAUGGCUGAACUCACUGCCAUAUUUGUUAUUGUUUCUAAAAAAACUCGAAAUAGCAAAAGUAAUUGUAUAUCUUAUGUAUGUUAUUUGUAUUUAUGUUAUUAUCCUAAAUAAUAGAAUAAUGCUUAAAUAUUAAGUUAAAAAAAUUAACUUUCCAACAAUUCGAUCCCACCGGAUUUGAGCUAGGAUCAAAGUAAAAUUUUUAACUUAAUAGGAUUCCCAAAUAUGGUUAAUAUUUAAUAGAACAAGUUAAAUUGUUUGUAGUUUAUUUGACGUGAGACACUCGAACCAGCCAGUCAUACGUCGUUAUCGAGAUGUAGUAUUUUGUAUUAUUAUUAUCUGUAUUUUUUUUUGCGUUAUAUUUCUUUAUCUAAGUAAUUAUAUGUUUCCCGUAAAUGAUUUUAUAUGUCUUCCGUGUGGAACCAGUUAUUUUCCGAUUGCUUACUAUAUUUGGGAAAUCCCUUAGUGUUUACUUAUGUACGGUGACAGAUCAGACGGUUUAUUUUUUUGAAUAUAUAGAUAAGAGUUACAUUAUAAUGAGUGACAACAUUAAUAAGCCAUGUCCCUAAAUAUAUACAAAUAUAAAUAUAAAAAAUAAUAUCUUACAAUAAGAAAUAUCGAUAUGUUACGACAUGAAUCACACCAGCUGUGUUCACUAUACCAUUCAUUUAUUUUUUUUUACACAUAAAACAAAUGAUCUCGUAUUAUAUAACUGAAAAAAAAAGAAACUUUAUAAAGUUGUGUUUAUAAAACUAGACUUAGUCCUCUCGGUUAUUAGACAGAUUUUGGUUAUUUAUUUUUUAAAAUAAGUAUCGCUUUAGUUCCAAUGUAAAUAUAUUUUGUAACAUGUGGGAGGUACACCAAAAUUCAGUUCGGCGGGGUUACUGGACUGAACAGUUUGUGUCUGCAAUAAAUUAUAAUAAGGACUUA